AUGGCGGCAAAAGCUACCGAGUUGCAGCCUCUUCAUGAGGCAGACAAGGAGAAAGGAGAGGUGGAUGCCGCUGAAGAGGUCGCGCCGGAAGAUGAGAAAAAUAUCGUUUUCUUGAUCAUCCUCCUUCACGGAAUCGGAACUCUUAUGCCAUGGAACAUGCUUAUCAACAUCUCUUACGAUUAUUACGAAAACUACAAGAUGCUCUCGAAUGCCACCAUCAAUCUACAGACUGGCUCAGUCACCGGAACACCCAACUCAUUCUCGUCAAACUUCCAGAACUACCAGACCAUCGCCGCCCAAGUGCCGAAUCUUCUUCUCAACUUCAUUAACAUCUUUGUCGUUGUCAAGGGUGGCUUAGUCAAACGCAUCACUGCUUCACUGACCGUUGUCGCCAUUGCCGUCAUCUCUACGAUGUCAUUUAUCUACGUCGACACUUCAUCGUGGCUCACUGGAUUUUUUGCACUCACCAUCGUCACUAUUAUCAUUCUCAAUGGCGCUAACGGUGUUUAUCAGAACAGCAUCUUUGGUCUCGCUUCGGAUUUUCCAUUCAAGUACACGAACGCCGUCAUUAUUGGAAACAAUCUUUGCGGAACAUUUGUUACACUUUUGAGUAUGGCGACUAAGGCGUUCACGAAUAACGUGCUUGAUCGUGCGUUCGCCUAUUUCUCGAUUUCAUUGAUCACUCUCGCCCUUUGCUUUGGAUCCUUCUUCCUAUUGAAGACGAGACCAUUCUACCGCUAUCACACCACCAGAGCGGCUCGCCAAAGAAGCAAAAACGAAUCAACAUCGGAAAAGCGUGGAGCUUCAUACUAUAUUGAGACGUUCCGUCAAGCGUUCCCGGCUCUUCUCAAUGUCUUCCUUGUGUUCUUCGUCACCCUCUCCAUUUUUCCGGGAAUCAUGAUGUAUAUUCAAGACGCUCCCCACGGCGAGAAAUACAACUUCCCACUACCGGAAAAGUAUUUCAUGGAUAUCACGACCUUCUUGUCGUUCAACGUUUUUGCUUUUAUUGGUUCGCUUGUCGCUGGAAAAUUCCAAUACCCUGGACCAAACAAGCUGUGGAUUCCCGUCUACCUUCGCCUUCUCUAUAUCCCAUUCUUCGCCAUGUGCAAUUUCCUUCCGGCUACUCGCACAUUCCCUGUCUGGUUCCCAUCAACUUGGCUUUAUGUGAUUGUUGGUGCGACGAUGAGCUUCGGAAGUGGAUACUUCAGUGGAUUGGCCAUGAUGUAUGCCCCAAGAAGUGUCGACCCUUCUCGCGCCCAGACUGCUGGAAUGAUGGCUGGAUUCUCAUUGAUUCUCGGAAUCGUUGUUGGUCUUCUGUUCACCAUCGUUGUUAAGGCAAUCAUCACAGCGUAA